AAACACCAAAGAUGGGUCAUGGCAGGGCAGGGUGAGUGGAAAAUUCAGUGGUUUUCCUCCUCAAAUGAGAAUUUGAUGCAGGCUGUAAAAGAGGCAUGUUUAUUUUUAAACAGGUAAUUCAUAGGCUGUAGGUGUGAAAAUACAGUAAAUCCAAGGUCAAGUUAAAUUUUUCAAGCAAAAGUGGCUGAAAAAUGAUUUAUUGAGGGAAACAGUUAAAUACCAGGACAGUUGUGCUUUGUCAAAUGCCAGAGGAACUAACCCCUUCUUCUCCUUGUCCUCAGGUUCGGUGGCAAAUAUGAACAUUUGUCAACAUUUGACAACAGCUCCUUCUGACAUCAUGAAUCUACUGGAAUCCGGACCGCAGAGCACUUACAAUAGCGCUUUUUAAAUUUGAAUUUAAUUUAAAUGAAAAAAAAGUAAUCAUCUGGAUCAAUCAUCGUGAUGGCUAGCAAAAGGAAAUCCACAACUCCCUGCAUGAUACCAGUGAAAACACUGGUGCUUCAGGAGACCGAGCAGGACGCUGUGGAAGAUGAUCAUGAAGGAACACAGCAAGAGGCUCCCGUGGAAGGGCCGGCGGCGAGCGAUGCUGGUGCCAGUAACAGCAGCAGUGGAGCUUUGUCCAACGGGCACCGCGGUGCUGCCGACAGCGACACUUACAUCUGCAAGUCUUGCGACUUUGGAUCCCAGGACGUUCAUCAGUUCUUCGGGCACUUGGACUCCGAGCACUCGGACUUUGGCAAAGACCCCGCGUUCGCGUGUGUGCCGUGCGGCUUCCUGGCCAACAGCCACGAGGGGCUCUCGCACCACAACGCGGAGUCGCACGGCGGCGAGACGGGCUUUGUCUGGAGGGUGGCUAAGCAGGACGGCCGUACCACCGUGGAGCAGAGUCUCUGUGAGGCCACCAGCAGCCAUGACCUCCCAGGAGAGGUUCCUGAAGAAGGGGCAGACGGCCAGUCUGAAAUCAUCAUUACCAAAACCCCCAUCAUGAAGAUAAUGAAAGGUAAACCCGAGGCCAAAAAAAUCCACACGCUGAAGGAGAGUGUGUCAAGUCAGUUGGGCGGUGAGUCAGAGGUGAAGGAUGGGGAGCAUUCGUUCCCAAACGGGUCCGUGCCAGUCAGUCAGCCCACUGCAAGUUCAGCAAAGUCAUCCCACAUAGUCAAUGGCUCCAUCAUAGGAAACGUGCCCGUUCUGCAGGCAGGGGUUGCACAACUUGUGUCGCUGCAGCAGCAACCCCCGUUACAUCAGCAGCUGCCUACAUCCAAGUCCCUUCCCAAGGUGAUGAUUCCCCUGAGCAGCAUUCCAACGUACAAUGCCGCCAUGGACUCCAACAGCUUCCUGAAAAACUCUUUCCACAAGUUUCCCUAUCCCACCAAAGCUGAGCUCUGCUACUUGACUGUGGUGACCAAGUACCCAGAAGAGCAGCUGAAGAUCUGGUUCACAGCACAGAGGCUGAAGCAGGGCAUCAGCUGGUCACCGGAGGAGAUCGAAGAUGCCAGGAAGAAGAUGUUCAACACUGUUAUUCAGUCCGUGCCACAACCCACCAUUACAGUUUUGAACACCCCGCUGGUUGCAAAUCCCGGGAGUGUCCCCCAUCUUAUCCAGGCAACGUUACCAGGCCACGUGGUGGGGCAACCAGAGGGGACGGGGGGGCUGCUGGUCACGCAGCCCAUCAUGGCAAAUGGGUUGAAGGGCACCAGCUCCUCCUUCACCUUGGCAGUGACUUCUGUCCCCAAGCCGCAGCCGGCGGCGCAGCACAGCACCGUGAGCUCCAGCAGCGCCUCGGGGGUGAAGGUGGUCAACAGCGCCCAGUCGCUGCUCACCGCCUGCCCCGCCAUCUCCUCGCAGACCUUCCUGGAUCCCAAUGUCUACAAAAACAAGAAGUCCCACGAGCAGCUCUCAGCCCUUAAAGGCAGCUUCUGCAGAAACCAGUUUCCCGUCAAGGCUGAAGUGGAGCGGCUGACAAAGAUCGCUUUGUCCACCAAGGAGAUCGAAAAUGGUUUCAGCGAUAGGAGGUACCACUACAGGAACGUGAGAGGCGGCCGGGCCGUCUUCCCUGGAGACAGUGCUCUUGAUUCCCUGCCCGAAAUCACCUUCGAUGUGUCCGCCAGAGGAGCUGAGCUGAGCCCCGCGGCGGCGGCGGCCACGCCGGCCCCUCAGCACCCGCCGCGACGGCAGUCGUGGCACCAGGCGCCCGACUUCACCCCAACCAAAUACAAGGAGCGGGCACCGGAGCAGCUGAAGGCCCUAGAGAGCAGUUUUGCCCAAAAUCCUCUUCCUGCAGAGGAAGAGGUGAACCGCCUGAGGGGGGAAACGAAGAUGACACGGAGGGAAAUCGACAGCUGGUUCUCGGAGAGGAGGAAGAAGAAGGUGGCGGAGGAAAACAAGAAAGUGGAAGAGGCGACUCAGCAGGAAGAGGAGGAGGCGGAGAAUGGCGGCGGGGAAGGGGAGGACUCCUCCGAUGAGCAGAGAGCUGCGAGUGAAAACGGCUCAGUCGACGCCUCCGGCAACAACAUGAACUCAGCAGAGCGGAAGGUGAGUCCCAUCAAAAUCAACCUGAAGAACCUGCGAGUGACCGAGUCCAACGGCAAAAACGAGGUACCGGGGACCGGCGCAAACGAGAAGGGGGAAGGCAGCUCCAGCCGGCCGCCCACCCCUCCCAAAACCAAACUGAACUUCAAAAAAACGGCCCAGCAGCGGCAUCUGCUGAAGCAAAUGUUCGUGCAGACCCAGCGUCCCACGAACCAGGAGUAUGACGCCAUCGUGUCCCAGACGGGCCUGCCGCGGGCCGAGGUCAUUCGCUGGUCGGGGACAGCGUACGGCUACAAGAACGGGCAGCUCAAGUGGUAUGAGAACUACCGGCGGGGGGUCUUCCCCCCGGGGCUGGUGGAGGUCAGCCCUGCCAGCAGGGAGGUGCUGGAGGACUACUACGAGAAGCACAAGGGGCUGCGGGAGGAGGACGUGCCCGGCCUGUGCGAGCGCUCCCGCCUCGGCGCCCAGCAGCUCAAGAAACAGAGUGAACUGAAACCACCAGCCCUGGAGGAUCCGCUCUUACCCUCGAGAAGAAAUGUGUGAUCUUUAAGCAACCCACGGGCCGGCCUGAUCCAAACCUGGGGAGCAGGACGUGGUGACGAAGCACUGCCAUAAAUGAGACCUUUGGGCACAGCACACGAGACAGCACGUGCACAGACUGGGCCCUCGGUGCCGAGCUCUCGUGGCCCAGCCGGGGACUUGGCCAAGGGCUGCCCGAGGCGGGGGCUCGGCUCGCCCCCGGGAAAUAGGAUGCUCCUGUUUGCUUUCCAGUGACAGACUUUCAGAUUUCAUAUUCAUAUACCGAUGCCUACAGCUGCCUAUACAAGCAUAACGAAUCUCAGACAUUGUGUAUACAAGGUCGUUGCUUAGAUAUGGACUAUCAUGGCAUAGUACUUGUUUCUUGUUUCUUUUUUUUUUUCAUCUGUCCGUUAAGGUGUUUGUUCUCUAAAGGUUGGCAUGGCUGCAUAUAUCCUCUCUGCCCCUUCUGGUCCUGGCAGUGAAGGGCUUUGUGGGCAAACAAAUGCAUGUGUUAGGAGAGGGAUCUGAGAAGAAAACUGCCAGUCUUGAAUUUAAGUUGAGCAAGAUUCUUAAUCCCUACAGAUGAGGUUAGAGUCAGCCUUGUUCUGAUAAAUAGCGGGUUCCCAGACCCAGGCAGCCCAGGAGUUUGGUGUCAUUUUGUCCCUUGCUGGCUAGAACACUUUCCCCUGUGUUCCUGGAGACUGACUGUAGCAGGCUAUUAAAUCUCCAAGUCUCUCUUUAAUCACUGAGAACUAGCACAUAAUAAUUUUUGCAUCCUGACCUGGAAUCCUUUUCAUUGUUCAGAGAGAACAGGCUGUUCUUCAGAGAACAAACACAGGGAAUCGCAGCGUGGCUGUGAGUGGUUCAAGUCAUUUUUGUCUCCAAGGGAUGGCGAGGCAGCAGCUCUGCUGCAGUCAGGAAGUUUCCUUCUUGCAGCCCUACAUGGCAGAUCCUCCUGGAGCACUGCUGGUGACUUCAAGUGUUUGUUCCAGUCUUUUUUUUUUUUUUUUC